AGACAUCCGUGACAGCUUUCCCCGGCUGGCAGAUGGCGAUCGGAGCCGACAGCAGACGCUGUUACCGGACAGCUUCGAUGUGAAAUUAGGUGACAAGUCAAACAAGCGAACAGUUGUGGUAAUGUUCAAUUUGAUGCUCUGUUUAAUGGGUAGUUUUAAAAAGAAAAAGUAAGAAAAGACCAAUAUUGUUGUUCGCAGCUCUUCACAGAUGCAGGGUGCUACAACAGCCGGGGUUGCCACCAUAGGCAUAACGUUCUUCUUCGAUCUUUUUUAACGCUGUACCCAUUAACAGCACAAGCUAGAUUUAUUUAUGACAGAAAAAGUCUGAAAUUGAAUAUUUAUACGACGGAGCACUUCCACUAUGAAUAAGGUUGUUUGUUUAAACGUCCAUCAUCAUAAACCUGUGUUGUUUAGGGUUAUUUUUUCAAAUAUUUAUUUCACAUUAAAUGAAGUGUUUGUCGUCUUUAAUUAAUUCAAACUAUCUGUAGUUGUUGUAUGGAAACUAUUUUUAACCGGAAAAGAAACUCUGAACCCUAAGCUGUGGCCAAUGAGAGAGACUAUUCCUGCCGGUGGGUGUUAAACAGCAGCCGAGUCCAGAUGGUUCGCUGGUUGCUGGUAGAGACGCUGAUUGAAGAAAGAUGAACGCAAGGAGGAGAGGUGGGAAGCCAAACAGAGGAGGAGGGAAAUUUAACAAACCAAGAGGAGGAGGAGGACGAGGGAGUCGUAAAGGAGGAGCAGGUCAAUUGGAUUAUGACGAUGAUAUCACCCUUGAUCUCGGACCUUCUCGUUCCAACAGAUCUGGUAAGGGGCAAUGGAGAGAUGGGGGACGAGGAAGAGGACACAAUGACAGAGGCAGGAAUGAUAGAAGGCAUUCUGAAAGUGGCAGAAGGUCUCUCCCGCGGUCCCUGGAGAGUCACAGUCGUCCCCUAAAGCCAGCUGAGCACGUCAGAUCAGCGGUGAGCAAUGUGCCCCUGCAGAGGAUCUUCAUGACCAGCGAGAAUCAGGAACAGCUCAAGGAGUUGCUGCGGGAACUGCAGACGCAGGAUUUUGAUGAGCCCUUAGAGGAAUCUGGCUCAGAUUAUUCGGGAGUGGAGGAAGAGGAGGAGGAGUUUGAUGAAUUGGAUCCCCGUGAGGAAGGCCAGUAUUGGACAACUAAUGACGAGCCUGUAGAACGAGCAGAAAGCCCUUGUAACAGGGAGUCCGAUGAUGAGCGCCCCACACCUGAACCUGUUAUCUCUUUAUUUGCAGUUGGAAAACUCUGCAGAUAUGGAUUUGACAGGGAGCGAAGCAGACUGGCUUUAGAGUCUGGUGGAGGAGAAUUCGGAGCGACCUUGGAGCAGCUCCUUCACCAGGUUUAUGUUGAGCGCUUUGGGCAGAAAGCAGUCUACCCCAGUGAUCUCCAGGGUUUGCCGAUGGAUGAGUGUUUAAACCAGCGGGAGGAGGAAGCUCUGGCCCUUGCUGCUAUUUAUGGGGAUCGCUUCAAGGAGCGCAUUACCAACGCAGUGUGGACGAUAUCCCUGGACCUUCCAUUCCUCUCGGAGAAAGCUGCCAAGAGCAAACUGGAGGCUAGAAACGGGGAGGGAGUUGCAAAUGUUCGUGGAAUCUGCAAGUUCUAUCUGAAAGAUCAGGGCUGCCGCUUUGGAGACAGGUGCAGGUUCAGACAUGAACUUCCAAGUAAAGAGAGGUCUGGGGCUGGCUCCUCAGAGCUAAAGGGCCCAAGUCAUCCUGGCUUCAGCAGCUAUUCGCCUCCUGAGUAUGAACUAGAAGUUCGCUUCCCCAAAGGAAACCGUUACCCACAUCAGGCACCGAUCGUGGCCUUCAGCACCAACGAUGAGUCCGUUGAGGCUGCAGGGAGGCUCUGCGUCACUGAGAGGUUAUUUGGAGAGGCGCUGGCUGCAGCUAAAAGCAGUGAACCUGUCGUUUACACUCUGAUCACCUUUUGUGAGGAUGAAGCUGACAUGAAGGAGCUUUUGUCUGUCAGUCAUCACAAAUACAGCUCUGCACCACCUAUAGUGGGACCUCCUCCGCCCACUCCUGCUAAGAGUAAAUUUGUGAGGGGUGGUGUGUCUGAGGAAAGCAGAAGUAACUACACAAGCAGCAGGAGGGCUGCUCCACCCACCAACCAAAGAGCCGUAGACGUAAAAGAGAUGGAAGAGACAGAGGAGCCGGACGAACAGGAAGAGGAAAUGGAAGCGGUCCCAGUCGAGAGUGAGAGCUACGUCAAUCUGAGGAAGAAGAUGUCGAAUAGGCACAACCAGAAGAUGGACAACUUUCUGCAGGAAAACAAGAAGCUAUGUCUAGAAUUCAAGAGAAAACAGUCAUCCAGACUCUUCAUGUCCAUGCUGGAGCAGAGGCAGAACCUCCCAGCUUGGCAAGAAAAAGAGAACAUUUUGGAUGUGCUGGAGAGGUGUCAGGUGCUGGUGGUCAGUGGGAUGACUGGCUGUGGCAAGACGACUCAGAUCCCUCAGUUCAUUCUGGAUGCCUCGUUGAGUGGUUCGAAGGAGCAGGUGGCCAACAUCCUCUGCACACAGCCUAGACGUAUCUCCGCCAUCUCCGUGGCUCAGAGAGUUGCACAGGAGCGGGCGGAGUGUCUGGGACACUCGGUGGGCUACCAGAUUCGCCUCGAGACCGUCAGGUCUUCGGCCACCAGGCUGCUGUACUGCACCACCGGGGUGCUGCUGAGACGUCUGGAGGGUGAGUCCGACCUCAGGGGCGUCACACACGUCAUUGUGGAUGAGGUUCACGAACGGACAGAGGAGAGUGAUUUCCUGCUGCUGGUGCUUAAGGACCUGAUUGCACAGAGACCAGACCUGAAGAUAAUCCUCAUGAGUGCCACUCUCGAUGCUGCCCUCUUCUCAGAUUAUUUCUUUGACUGUCCAACAAUCCACAUUCCUGGACGAGCCUUCCCUGUGGACCAGUUUUUUCUCGAGGACGUGAUCGCUAAAACUGGCUACGUCAUCGAGCAUGGCAGCCCGUACAUGCGCUCGGGGAAACAAAGCCUGUCUUCAACAAGCAAAGGGGAUCCCAGGGACGUCGUGGAUGACUUGGGAGAUGAUGUUUGGAACUUCAUGUCUUUUUGUAAGAAGGAUUUUGUUAAAGACUCGAUUCCUGACCAGCAGUUGGGUCUGCAGGAGCUCAUCAUCAGAUACAAAGACACUAAGAAGUCUGUGCUUAAAACUAUUUCUGCUAUGGACCUGGACAAGAUCAACAUGGACCUGGUGGAGAGCCUGCUAGAGUGGAUAGUAGAUGGAAAACACAACUAUCCACCAGGGGCUGUGUUGGUGUUUAUGCCAGGCCUUGCUGAGAUCAAGAUGCUGUUUGAGCAGCUGCAGUCCAACAGGAUGUUCAACAACAGGGGCAGAUCCAGGUGUGUGGUGUACCCACUCCACUCAUCCCUCUCCAACGAGGAGCAGCAGGCGGUUUUCAGCCGCCCCCCUGAGGGCAUCACAAAAAUCAUCAUCUCCACCAACAUCGCUGAGACGUCUGUAACCAUCGACGACGUGGUGUAUGUCAUCGACUCUGGCAAGAUGAAGGAAAAGCGGUAUGAUGCAUCCAAAAGCAUGGAGAGCCUGGAGGACUCGUGGGUUUCCCGGGCCAACACGCUGCAGAGGAAGGGUCGGGCGGGUCGCGUGGCCUCAGGGGUCUGCUUCCACCUCUUUACCAGCCACUGCUUCCAUCACCAGCUGUCCUCGCAGCAGCUGCCUGAGAUCCAGAGAGUGCCUCUGGAGCAGCUAUGCCUGCGAAUUAAGAUCCUAGAUGUGUUUGCGGAGCAGCCGCUGGAGUCGGUUUUCUCUCGGCUCAUCGAGCCACCGGCUGAAGGAAGCCUGGAGGCCGCCAAGCAGCGCCUGCAGGACCUGGGGGCUCUGACUGCAGACGAGAAGCUGACCCCGCUGGGUUACCACCUGGCCUGCCUGCCUGUCGACGUGCGCAUUGGAAAACUCAUGCUGUUCGGAGCCAUCUUCCGCUGCCUCGACCCGGCGCUCACCAUCGCUGCCAGUUUGGCCUUUAAAUCACCAUUUGUGUCUCCGUGGGACAAGAGGGAGGAAGCCAGUGAGAAGAAACUGGCCUUUGCAGUGGCCAACAGUGACCAUCUGGCAUUGCUGCAGGCGUACAAGGGCUGGUGCUGUGCUGCCAAGAGCAGUAACCAGGCGGGCUUCGCCUUCUGUAGGGAGAACUUCUUGUCAUGGCGCAGCUUACAGGAGAUCGCCAGCCUGAAGCGUCAGUUUACGGAGCUGCUGUCCGACAUCGGCUUCGUUAGAGAAGGACUGAGGGCCAGGGUUAUUGAGCGGAUGUCCUCCAAGGGCACGGAUGGCGUUUUGGAGGCCACUGGGCCUGAGGCCAAUUUAAACUCUGGCAACAUCCGGCUGAUGUCGGCCAUGCUAUGUGCAGCUCUCUAUCCCAACGUGGUGCAGGUACGAGCUCCGCAGGAGAAUUACAAAAUGACCAGCAAAGGGGCGGUGAAGAUGCAACCAAAGGCCAACGAGCUUCGCUUCGUGACCAAGAACGACGGCUGCGUGCACGUGCACCCGUCGUCCGUCAACUACACGGUUCGCCACUACGACAGCCCCUACCUGGUUUACCAUGAGAAGGUGAAAACCAGCCGCGUUUUCAUCAGAGACUGCAGCAUGGUGUCCGUCUACCCGCUGGUGCUGUUGGGAGGAGGUCAGGUCAACGUGGAGCUGCACAAAGGGGAGUUUGUCAUCUCACUGGACGAUGGGUGGAUCAGAUUUGCUGCAGCCUCACAUCAGGUGGCUGAGCUGGUGAAAGAGCUGCGCUGGGAGCUGGACCAGCUGCUGGAGGACAAAAUCAGGAACCCAAGCAUGGACCUAUGCAGCUGCCCCCGCGGCUCACGUAUCAUCCGCAUGAUUGUCCACCUCAUCACCACCCAGUAGCUCGGCUGCUAAACGCCUCCAUUUUGGUUCCCUCACAGGCUUAAAACGCACUGAGCUCUAAAUAAAAACAUCCAUCACCGCCACAAAGUGACUCUUCAGAUAGAUUUCUGUAAUGACUGGAAAAAACCCAUGAAACUUAGUUGAGGUUUCUUUUAAAAUGAACUUAGCAUCAAUUAUAUUUCUUUAUCUGAUAUUUUUUAAUGGAAAUUCUGCCUUGAAAGUUGAACCCACAGCUCUAUACUGACUUUUUUAUGCACAGAUAACAAAGGUCUUGUGUUCAAAUGUCCAGCUAAUACUGCAUGUGCAGUAAACUGUCAGCUCUAUUUAAGGUUGUGUUUUACUCACAACCGAGAUCGUUUCUCGAGUCCACAUUGGAUUUUUUAAACUGAAGUGGCUGCAUGCUGAUGAGUAUUCAUUUAUUUGUGAUGCAUGACUGGAAGAUCCCAGAGUGCUUGCAUGGUUUUCAGGUGAUUACAUUUAAUGAAUGUAUUUUCAUGUCAAAACAAUGUCCGAACUACACUUUCACAAUGUGAAUGAAAGGGCUUAUAAAAGUAAGCUGCCAAAGAAAGCUAAUGUUUUCUUAGUAGUGAUGACUUUCACUUCACAAUGCACCUCAAAUGUGAUUAAAGUGAUGGUUCUUUUCUGGCUUUGA